AUGGUAAGAAGUAGACUUUCAAAACGGUAUGUCCGUUUGUUGCCACUUUUGGUUCUAGUUCUGUAUAUUUUGUGCAUGGGUUAUCGUCAUCAGCGGACAUCCAAUGUAAGACCUGUCAUUAAGAAUAACAAAAAUAAUGGGAAUGACUACCUUUCUUCAAUAAAAUCAGCAUCGGAUUCUGAUAGUGGGUCGAGAACGUGGCAGAAAGAUGAAAUUGUUGGUUUGUUAUCAUCUAAUCAUAUUGACUUAGGUGCAAAUGUCGAUAUUCAAUAUUUAGAUAUGAAUCAAUUGGUUAUUACUAAUCUUGGGAUUAAAAAAUGCCAUUAUUUAGCCACUAAAUUUGAACGCUGUUCAAAGACUUCUAUGAAAGGUUUAUCUCAACCUAAUCUCAAAGGUCAUACCAAUGAACAUGAUAUUAAGAAAGAUAUUAGGGGAUCCUUUGGUUUUGAUUGGUUCGGUAAAUCUGAAUAUUUAUAUUUUGAUACAAUUACUGUUGGAUCACUAUUACAAUCACAAAUUAAUGAAUUUUAUGUUCUUACUGAUGUAACAGAUGAGUCGACUCCUGGAAAGGGACAAAUAGCUUUUAAAGUCUAUGAUUUAUAUUUUAUCUUUCAAAAAUAUUCCUUGAAACAGUUAUUAGAUUCAGGUAAUAACAACGGAAAUCAUCACUUUGUGAGUAAUGUGAAUGUCUUAUUUGGAACUGAUUGUAAAGAUCCAAGAAAGGAUUGGACAUUAUAUAAAAGUAAACCAUUAUCUAAUCAUUUCAAAUUUCCAAGUUAUAUGUCCCUAGAGAGAGCACCUUUGGUAAAACCGCCUGGUUACUCUGAUCCAAGAACCAAGAUUUUAUUACCUGACGGUAAAGAUCUUAAAAUAGUUCAAUUGGCAGAUUUACAUAUGGGUGUUGGAGAAAAUAAAUGUAUUGAUGAAUUUCCAACAACUGAAAAUUGCCAUGCAGAUCCAAAGACUUUUAAAUUUAUUAAUACCGUAUUAGAUAUUGAACAACCAGAUUUAGUAGUAUUCACCGGAGAUCAAAUUAUGGGCGAUAGAUCUAUUCAAGAUUCAGAAUCUACCCUAUUGAAAGUUGUAGCGCCUGUAAUAGAAAGACAGAUUCCAUGGGCAAUGGUUUGGGGUAAUCAUGAUGAUGAAGGAAGUCUAACACGUUGGGAACUUUCAGAAUUGGUUUAUAACUUGCCAUUUUCAUUAUUUAAAUUCAGUCCCUUUGAUACUCGAGAUAAUUCAUUUGGUGUUGGAAAUUAUAUUCAACAAGUCUAUAAUAAGAGUAACCCAGAUGACGUUCUGAUGACUUUUUAUUUCAUGGACUCUCAUAAAUAUUCAAAGACAGGGAAAUUGUAUCCUGGUUAUGAUUGGAUUAAAGAGAAACAAUGGGAUUACAUUAAAGAUGUCUACGAGACGAAUCUUUAUAAAGAUAUACCGACAGAUAAACCUCAUAUUUCAAUGGCAUUUUUCCAUAUACCACUUCCUGAGUAUCUUGAUGUAGAUUCAAAGAAAAGACCAGGAGAACAAAACACAUUAGUUGGAUCUUUUAAAGAAGGUGUCACAGCACCCAAGUAUAAUUCUGGUGGUUUGAAAAUAUUAGAUGACUUAGGUGUUCAGGUGACAAGUUGUGGACAUGAUCAUUGCAACGAUUACUGUCUACAAACUGAUUCUGCAAGAAAUCCAAUCUGGGUAUGUUUCGGUGGUGGUGCCGGAGAAGGUGGUUAUGCUGGAUAUGGUGGUACUGAACGCAGAAUUAGAAUGUACGAUAUUAAUCCACGUAAUGGUAAUAUUUAUACCUGGAAACGUCUUAAUGGCUCACCUAAUGAUAAAUUUGAUCAACAACAACUUUAA